CCAAUUGCAAUUCCAAACAUCAGAAGUGUAGAACAAAAAAAAACCUUAAAUCCUGCGUAAAGCCCAGAAAGAAAGAAUCAAAGAAAUUACUACUGUGACAAUUUUAAGGAGUUCUUUUCAUUUUUAAGAUAUACAUUGCCGUAGAAAAUAGAUAAAUGGGUUUGCCGAAAUUUACUCGCCCGAAAGAUGAAGUAAAAAGUUGUAAUCUUUAUGUAGCUAAUUGUGGUCCGGGUGUUGGACUUAGUUUAGAUUCUAUUGCCUCAGCGUUUAGCUUGUUUGGAACAGUUAAAGGAGUGUAUCCUGCAGACAAUAGUGGUUGUCGUGUUAUUGUUUCGUACAAUGACGAGAGUUCUGCGCAAGCAGCACUUAUGGCAUUGGACAGGAAACCGUGCCCUGAUCUUGGAGGUCGGUCUUUGCAUAUUCGUUAUUCAGUGCAACGGUCAAUGGGUCAGGUGAAUACUACUGAUUCAGUUCAGGUAUCUUUGGAAGCAUCAGAACUGAAUAUUCCGGGUAUCUACUUGAUCCAUGACUUUGUUUCAGCUCAAGAAGAGGAGCAACUGCUUGCUGCGGUUGAUGUGAGGCUUUGGCAUAGUCUUGCAAAGAGAAGGGUUCAACACUACGGUUAUGAAUUUUGCUAUGAUAUAAGAAAUGUCAACACACAACAGCAACUGGGUGAACUUCCAUCAUUUGUUUCCUGUGUACUUGAAAAAAUCCCUGUGUUUAAGAAGCGUGAUGAUGCUGCUGAUGUAUCGUUAGACCAGCUGACCGUUAAUGAAUACCCAGCAGGUGUAGGGCUAUCACCGCAUAUAGAUACCCAUUCAGCAUUCGAAGGCUCAAUUUACAGCCUUUCAUUAUCGGGACCUUGCAUUAUGGAGUUUCGACGGUACUCAGACAUGGAUGGUGAUAAAGAUUCAGAAAGUUGUGAUAAAAGCUCAAGUUUUAUAAGGAAAGCCAUUUAUCUUCCACCUCGAUCAAUGCUCUUGCUUUCUGGAGAAGGAAGAUAUGCUUGGCAACAUUAUAUUCCACACCAUAAGAUUGAUAUGGUGAAGGACACCGUGAUUAGAAGGGGUUCAAGAAGAGUAUCGUUCACAUUUCGCAAGGUCAGAAAAGGACAAUGUGAAUGCGAUUACCCUCAAUUCUGUGAUUCUCAAAGAUAAAAGUAAAGCAGAUGACGGGUUCUUAUUCAAGCAGAUCAUUGGGUGAACGAUCAAAACAAAUUGAGCUUUGUGCACACGGUCUUCGCUUUAUAUCAUAGAGAAUCUUGUGUUGACAUUACUUGGCUGCUAGCAUCAGCACAUGGGCUCUAAAUGAGCCUAGGUUUUGUAAAACGAAUUAUACAAGCAUCGAAAAUGAAAACGAUGCAUCAAUGCCAAUUUUGGUGCAAACUGUUUUGUUAUCUAGAUGCAUCGAGUUUAACUUCAUUAAGUUUGGAUUUGAUUACAUAUACAAGCUCUAAACAUAUAGCAACUCAA